GGCCGAUAUGUAAACCGUGCGUAUCGGGUAAACUGUACACGAUCGUAUUCUGAACAUAGCCAGGGUUUAAAAUACAUGUACAUUGAACAUGUAGCAACUACACAGACGGAGCUUCGCCGGCUAUAAAACAUGGACCUGACCUGUGUACUGUAGGAACAGGAUCAUGAAGGUUUCGUGGUCACCACUUGAUAAGAACAAGUUUCUUACAUACACUAACAGUGUCAUAAAUCUGUAUGAGACAAAAUAUAUACAAGAUAGACCAAUACCAAAAGGGAGUUAUCACAUUUCCGAUGACCUGUAUGCCACUAGUCUUACCACACUUUCUGAUGUCCAUUUAACAAAGUGUGUGGAAUGGUAUCCAGGGGUAACCACUGACAACCUGAUAGCUAUCGGUCAAGCUAAUGGAAAAGUCCUUAUCUCAAACUUUGGCAGAAAAGGAACACAUGAGCUGAUAGCAAAGGAGUUCAUACCCAAACACCUGAGGCACUGUGUUUACUUGGAAUGGAAUCCUGUACAUCACAAUCUGUUAGCAGAAGGUCUGGACAAACACAGGAAUGAUUGUUGUAUCAGUAUCUGGGAUGUCAACUCAAGAGCUAACUCUGAUUUAGCUGGUGGUAUGGAACGACAGAGGUUCAGCUCAAACAUGGCCGAAAAUGCUGCCAAUAAACCGUUUGUUGAGACAGGUAUGGGUGACACAACUUCAUCAUUUGCAUGGUUUAAUAAGGAGCCCAAAACUUUUAUCUCAGGAAUGAAUGGGAAAUGUCUUAGAGUUUACGAUAUCAGAGAUGUAACAAAGCCCCAUUUGGUUUCUCACACCAAAUAUGUGCACGGUGUAUGUUCAGAUCCACUACACGAGUCACGUGUAGCAGGAUAUGCUGAGAAUCAUGUGGCAAUAUGGGAUGUUAGAAACUUUGAUAAACCUAUAUUAACUUUACCAACAGAUAGAGCCAUUUUGAAAAUUGACUGGUGUCCAACAAGACCAGGGGUUUUGGCGGCACUGUGUCGUGAUAGUUCCGUAGUGAAGCUGUAUGACAUCAGACAUUCCGUGGUAGGACCAGACGAGCUAGAACCGGUGACAUUUGAGAGAAAUAUUCAACCAUUUAGACAACACCAGGUGGUGCAUUUUGCCUGGCAUCCGACUUGUGAGAAUAGAAUUAUCACUGUAACACCCACUGGUAACCUCAAGGACAAUCAGAUCUAUGAAAAACUACCUAUUAGUUUAUCACCAAGUAUGAAGUUAUCCUGGGUAUUCAGUAGGAAGAUUGGUAUUCAGGAUAGUUGUUCAGAAUUAGAUAUGGCUGAAAGAAUCAAACUGAGAGCCUUAAAGGGAUAUGGUCUACAUAGUACAGAACUAUGGAACAAUGCUGUAGUGGUGGCAGAUGAACCAAAUCUUCAUGCAUUGUGGCACUGGCUUGACUUAUCAACAAAGAUUUUACAAGGUGACGAAGUUCCGAAGAAACCGAAGGCAUCUCGGUUUAUAGGUGUACGGGAUUUGAUCAACCAAGAACAGGAGAAUAGACGCAGUGAAUCCACGCUAAAUGGAUGGCAGUACCCUGAUGGAAUGAAGAGUAAUUCACUUGACAGUAAACUUGUGUACCAGUAUAAAAGUGAGGCUAGGUCUCGAGCGCUACAGUUUUGCGGCUGGUGGUGGUAUAGUAAAGACCAGAAAGACAGCAGUGACAAACUAUCACUACUUCUAAACAGUUUGGUCAGUGAAAACCACGAAUACGAGAGAGCCGCGGCCAUUGCUUUGUUCAACCUAAAGAUCGGAACAGCUAUUAGUAUACUCAGUGGUGAAGAAGCAACAAGAGAGAAACCAGUUUUAAGCAUGGUUGCCAUGGCGCUGUCAGGGUUUACAGAAGAGAAGAACGCAUUAUGGCGUAAAACAUGUAUAGAUUUACAACAGACCCUGGAGCACCCUUAUCUACGGGCCAUGUUUGCAUUCCUAGCAAGUGACAAAGACAGUUAUGAUGAUGUUCUGAAAAAAGAACCUUGUAUGGCUGUGAAAGAUAUGGUAGCAUUUGCUUGCAUAUACCUGAAUGAUAUACAGUUGGCCACAUACCUCAAUACAAUUUCCAAACAUCUUAAAGACAAUGGCAUUCUAGAUGGUAUAUUACUUACUGGUUUAACUAAUCAAGAAGGUUUAGAUUUACUGGGCAAGUAUGUAGAUAACACUUGUGAUGUACAAACAGCGAUAUUAGCAGUAAUAUACAGCUCUCCAAGUGAACUUGGCAAAGAUGAACGUGUACAGGUGUGGAUGGAAAGUUAUAGAGGUUUACUGGAUAGAUGGCAGCUGUGGCACCAAAGGGCCAAAUUUGAUAUCAUACGACAUUCUGUGGAUAAAACACGUGUUCAGAGUCAGGCGUUUGUCAGUUGUAAUUUUUGUGGGAAGACAAUAGCGUGCAAUAUGGCCCUAGCUGCUAGAUCAAGGCCAAGUGCUUACAGUAGUCUGCCACCAACUAACAGACCAAAGAUAACAUGUUGUCCAGGCUGUAGAAAACCCCUACCUCGCUGUGCUCUCUGUCUCACUAACCUAGGAACACCAUCUGGCUCAGGUCUUGGUCAAUUGAAGGAUAAAUCAGAAUUUGAAGGAAAGUUAUCCUCAUUCGAUAGUUGGUUCACAUGGUGUCAGACUUGCCGUCAUGGUGGACAUUCGUCACAUGUCACAGACUGGUUCCAAGAACAUACAGAAUGUCCUGUGACUGGUUGUCAAUGUAAAUGUAUGACAUUGGACCCAAAUAGUCAGUUAAUGGCAGAAACGCCAAACUUACAGCUCAUUGAGGCAGACACUUGAUAGUGUUUGAUAAAUUGUACUUUGAACAUGAAUUAUGUAACAAUUGUAUUCUGCACUUGAAUUUUGUGACAAUUGGGUUUUUAUUAAGCACUUAAACUCAGUGAGCCUGCAUAUGGUGACAGUAUACUGCCAUGUCAAGCCUGCUUGUUUGCAAAUUAACCAGCCAUCGUUAAACCAAGUUUUAUUGUACAAGCCAGGCGGCUUUUUGCAAUUUCACUAUGUUGGGUUUGAUAAUUAUUGAUAUUAUUUUUGGACCAUUUUUAUUUUUUA